UAAGAGCGGCCUGGCAGCGGGCGUCUGGUGCGCUAGAUACAAGUUUACUUUUGUGUAAAUAAACGCGCGUAAAAUUAAAAUUAUUAAAAACAACCAACAUACUUUAGAUUGUCUGUGCUGGAGCUAUGCCAAAAGAACGCCUUCAUAUUAACGUGGUGAUCAUUGGCCACGUCGACAGCGGCAAGUCCACCACCACUGGUCAUUUGAUCUACAAGUGCGGUGGUGUCGAUCCGCGGACUAUUGAGAAACUGGAGAAGGCAGCCGUGCAGAUUGGAAAGGGUUCCUUCAAGUAUGCCUGGGUAUUGGACAAACUCAAAGCUGAGCGAGAGAGAGGCAUUACUAUUGACAUUACCUUGUGGAAGUUUACAACACAGAAGUAUAACAUCACCAUCAUAGAUGCCCCUGGACACCGGGACUUCAUUAAAAACAUGCUUACAGGAACAUCCCAGGCAGAUGCUGCACUUCUGGUUGUGUCUGCAGCAAAAGGAGAGUUUGAAGCUGGAGUUUCCCGAAGUGGCCAAACAAGAGAACAUGCAUUGCUGGCAUACACAUUGGGUGUAAAGCAGCUUAUUGUGUGUGUGAAUAAGAUGGACCUGACUGAGCCCCCUUAUUGCCAGAAACGGUUUAAUGAAGUUGUUACAAAUGUGUCCGUCUUCUUAAAGAGGAUAGGCUAUGAUCCUGUGGCUGUCCCCUUUGUGCCAGUGUCUGGAUGGACUGGGGAGAACAUGUUAUCUAUGAGCCAAAAGAUGCCUUGGUUCAAGGGAUGGAAAAUAAAACGAAAAGAAGGAAAUAAAAGUGGACAAACCUUACUUGAAGUUUUUGAUUCAAUUUCCCCUCCAGUUCGCUUGAUUAACAAACCAUUACGGCUGCCCUUGCAAGAUGUUUAUAAAAUUAGAGGUAUUGGCACUGUGCCUGUAGGCAGAGUUGAGACGGGCAUCCUAAAACCUGGUAUGCAAGUGUCCUUCUCUCCUGCUAAUAUUACAGCAGAAGUGAAGUCCAUUGAAAUGCAUCACCAAGGUAUGCAGGCAGCCUUUCCAGGCCACAAUGUGGGCUUCAAUAUAAAGAAUGUAUCUGUGCAGAGUCUGCGUCGAGGUGAUGUCGCAGGCAAUGCCCAGAAUAAUGCACCAGUUGAUGCUUCAAGUUUUACAGCCCAGGUAAUAAUACUUAAUCAUCCUGGCUUCAUAAAGGCUGGAUACUCACCAGUGAUAGACUGCCACACUGCACAUGUUACCUGCACGUUUGCAGAGCUGACUGAAAAGCUUGACAGAAGGUCUGGCAAAAAAUUGGAGGACAAGCCUGUAACAUUAAUUUCGGGCAAUGCAGCCAUCGUUAAGCUGGUUCCAAAGAAACCCCUUUGUGUGGAGAGCUUCUUUGAGUAUCCGCCACUGGGACGCUUUGCUGCACGGGACCUGAAACAAACUGUGGCUGUAGGUGUUGUCAAAUCUGUGGAGAAGAGAGAGACUACCAAGAAGUUGGUGCAGAAUAUAAAGUGAAUAGUUCUCUAGAUUAAUACAGAUUAUUUAUGUUUAAGUAUGGAUCAACUGGUUUUCUGUAAAUUCAAAGGCAAAACAUUGCUGUUGUAAUUUUUGUUCUAUUAAAUAAACCUUGGUUUUGGAAGUUUCUCA